CACUUAGGCAGCUCUGGGCACAGCAGAUGCCUGUGUACACUCAGCACGCUCCAGACCCGCACACAUGGUAUAGUCUUGCAGCUCAGGCUGAGAGGUCUGCGGGUGUUGUGAGCUCCCACCCAGCCAUGUCGUCCUGCAGCCGCGUGGCGCUGGUGACCGGCGCCAACAAGGGCGUCGGCUUCGCCAUCGCGCGCGCCCUGUGCCGGCUCUUCUCGGGGGACGUGGUGCUCACAGCGCGGGACGAGGCGCGGGGCCGGGCAGCCGUGCAGCAGCUGCAGGACGAGGGCCUGAGCCCGCGCUUCCACCAGCUGGACAUCACGGACCUGCAGAGCAUCCGCGCCCUGCGCGACUUCCUGCUCCGGGAGUACGGGGGCCUGGACGUGCUGGUCAACAACGCGGCCAUCUACAUGGAAAACCCCAAAGUUGUGGACACCAUGCCCUUUCAUAUUAAAGCGGAGGUGACUAUGAACACAAACUUCCAUGGCACCCGAGAUGUCUGCACGGAGCUGCUGCCUCUCAUGAGGCCUGGAGGCAGAGUGGUGAACGUGUCCAGCAUGGAGAGUCUCAGAGCCCUUAAAUCCUGUAGCCCGGAGCUGCAGCAGAAGUUUCGCAGUGAGACCAUCACGGAAGAGGAGCUUGUGGGGCUCAUGAAGAAGUUUGUGGGAGACGCGAAGAAGGGGGUGCACCAGACGGAAGGCUGGCCUGACACUGCCUACGGAGCAACCAAGAUGAGCAUCACUGUCUUGUCCAGAAUCCAGGCCAGGAACCUGAGUGAGCAGAGGGGAGGGGACAAGAUCCUUCUGAAUGCUUGCUGCCCAGGGUGGGUGAGAACCGACAUGGGGGGACCCGACGCCACCAAGAGCCCAGAAGAAGGAGCAGAGACCCCUGUGUACUUAGCCCUUUUGCCUCCAGAUGCCGAGGGCCCUCAUGGGCAGUUUGUCAUGGACAAAAAAGUUGAACAGUGGUGAGCUCACCCCCAGCUCCACCCAUGCGUCCUGUUUUCUUACCUGUCCUGUUUUAACCCAAAGGACUUUACACUGUCAGCCAAUGUCCCAGCCAAUGGGGAAAUCCAAACAUCGCUAUCAACUAAGACCUGCAAAUGUUCUACGACUUCUGUUGGCUACUCAGUGACUAGAGUGCUAAUUCUGUGAAUUCUCUUGAGAUCCCUCUGUGAUGGGGGAGAGAGGGUGCGAUUGCUGAAAAUAACAACUGGAAAUCAAGGGUUGAAUAAAUGCUUCUUCAGAAAGGUCUA